CGACUUUCUGCGGCCGAAUGCGUUUGACCUGCCCAUGGGCAUGACGGGGGCGGAUGUCGCGAUUCUUUUGCUGGCCGUUUCCUUGGGAGACGUCGUCCGCGCCGAGAUCGCCAGCGAGCCGAUUCCUGCCAGUCCCUACGUGGCACUGGCCCGGCCAUGGCUAGCGUUGGGCACUUAUCUUACCCCGAGUCAAGGCAUCAAGGCUCUUCAGGGCAAUCUCCUGCUGAUCGGCUACAUGAUGUGGACCAUGCGUCACUGGGAUGCAUGGUGCUUGAUAGACUCGAUCGCAUCCUUGGCUGAGAAGUUGAUGACGAGGUAUCCACACAUCAUUGACGAUGGCCUGAACCACAGGGUCCUCUGGGCCGUGGCCAAGAUGCAGCUCGAGCUGUCAGAAGAGUGCCAGAUCCAAGGCCCCUGUCUGAGGCAGGGCCACCUAACGAGACUUAUCCAGAGCACAUCCCUACCGCAGCCGCCGCUCAAGACUUUCCAAUGGCCCGGAGUGAGGCUGUCGCUGCACCAUGACACGUGGUAUUACUAUCUCGCCGAAACAUCGAGCAGGCGGCUGGUAGAAAGGAUCAAGACGGAGCUGUAUCCGAAUUCCGUCGGCGCCAGCUCCGCGUCGUGGCUAUCGGCAGCCUUGCCGCUUGCGUGCGAACUCGAGCGCCAAGUCGAGGAAUGGAUGAACUCUCUGCCAGAUGACUUCCAACAUGAUCCAGACCCUGAGGAGGACGAGCUCGCCACGCCGAGCGUGGUGGGCGGCGCGUCGUCCUCGCACAUAUUUCCUGCAAGGUCGGCCGCAUCCCCGGCAACCACCGUGGCGGCACAGCUGGGCAUGCGCAAGAUCUUGCGCAACCGCAUGUGGCAGCUGCAGACGCUUAUUUACAAGCCGUUCCUUGCCGCCGCCGCCGCGUCCACAGAAUCAUCAUCAUCAUCCUCGUGGUCAGGAGAGACACGAGCAGCAGCAGCAACCGUCACGCGAUCCGGCCAACCCACGACAUCACUCCACACGGAAGGGCCUUUGUCGUCCCUGCCAGCUCUACAGCAAGGCGCCGUGAAGUGCCUGAUUUAUGCGACGUCCUUUCUUCUCGAGCAGCCGCCCCUGGUGGAGCGGCACUACGGGGGCUGGCUGCUCGCCAGGAAUGCCUGGGCCGUGGCUCUAGGGUGCCUGGCGGCGCUCCAGGAGCCGACGCUGCAGGCGCUCGUCCUGGGUGCGAGAAGCAACACCGGCGGCGGCAUUGGUGCUGUUGGCCUCGGGGACGAGAGAAGCCCGCGCGGCGACACCACAAAUGUUGGACCUUCAUCAUCAGCCGCGCUCUCGAUGUCGCUGCAGUCCGGCGCCAACGCCAAUAAUAAGAGCAGCAGCAUCAUCACUCCUUCAUUCUCCUCGUCAUCAGCAGCUUCGUCACGCCUCUCCGUUCCAUCCCACGACCAGGUUCUCGAGGCGGUGGGCCAGGCCGGCUCGAUCCUUUGGCAAUGGCGGCACGAGAACCAGAGCCUGGCCGCGGCGGGGCGCAUCCUCACGCACAUGGUGCAAAGGACAAAGGAGCAGGCCGCGGCGCAGGGGCUCGAGGUCGCUGCGGCGGGGACGACGACGACGGCGUGCGGCUGGAUGGAGCAGGAUAUUUAAAGGCCCGCCCGCUGGACGGGGAAUUGAUUGGUUAGGAAGUGAAACUAGUUGCAACCUCUGUGGACUUUUCGUGAGUUGUGACUGUAGAGCCUUGCUCAAUUGUAUUAUUAAGGAG